GAAAAAUCAUUUCUCUUUCUUCUCUAGCAAAAAUGCAGCAGGAAAUUCAUCAGCCUGUGACAUUCACCAAUAUAUUCUACGAAAAUUCAGACGAAAGCGCUGAUCAAAUAUCAUCGCUCGUAUCGUUUCCUCACCAAACAUGCUUACCUUUUAGCCCUGUGCGACGCACCUCUGUGAGCGCCGAGUCGAUUAUACCAAGCAACCUCACACGUUACGAUAAAGUCGUAAUACCAAAGACAGAGUCACAAACUAACUUCAUAAGAGAAGCACUAGCGGAGAUCUUUCUGUUCAAGGACUUGGACAAGGAUCAGCUUCACGACGUCGUAGCCGCUAUGAAGGAAUGUCCUGUCACCUCUGGAACUCGUGUGAUCAAACAAGGAGACGACGGUGACUAUUUUUACUUGGUGCAAUCUGGUCGUCUGGAGUGUCAUAUCAGGAAGGACGGUCAUUCCAAGCAAGUUGCCGUCUAUGGAUCAAAAUCAAGCUUUGGAGAAGUAGCGCUUAUGUACAAUUCUCCUAGGUCGGCAACUAUCACGGCCACUGAGGAUACCAUUUUAUUCGCGCUGGAUCGCACUACCUUUCGUAGACUGCUCGUUAAUAACAUGGCUCAUAAGAGAAUCACUUAUGAGACAUUCCUCACGAAUAUCCCAUUCUUUCAGUCUCUCUCAGUUGGAGAGCGACGAAAAAUUGCAGAUGCAUUAGAGCCAAGAACGUUUGAUGACCAAGAUAUCGUGAUUGCUCAAGGCGAUGCUGGAGACUAUUUUUACCUGAUCGUGUCGGGCAAAGCGGAAGUAACGAACUCCAUCAACAAAACUUCUGGCAACACAACGCUUGAGGAAGGUCAAUACUUUGGAGAAUGCGCCUUGAUCAAGGAUGUUCCGCGCACGGCUACAGUGAUCGCGCGUGGUCAGCUUAAUUGCGCUGUCUUACCCCGCCAAGGAUUUCAGCGUCUCCUUGGUCCACUUUUUGAUAGCAUGGAUGGACGUCAGCAAUAUGUAUGAAGUCCAACAUCUGACCUCUCCUUACUGCACCUCAUGUAGAGUAUACACGUCACUGACGUUGCAGUUGUCUCCUCUGUUCAUAACUAUACCCUCAAUGACAAGUUUUAAUUUCACGCUUCAAUAAUUUAGUUUCAUUUUACACGCGAUCAUGUAUGAUUUUUUCGUCGCUCUUAAUUUUGGUUUCUUAACAAAGAUCUUUUUUUUUCGCCAAACUGUACGGGAUAGUUGAUUAAGAGAAAGUAUGAAGGGUUUUUGACUGGUUUUUUCAAAUGCAACUUGACAUCACAAAAUAAACCUGUGUUCUUUUUGAAAAUAAAAUUUGUCAGUCUA